UGUUUAGAGGGGUGGGGGAGGUAUAAGUGUCUUGGGAAGGGUUAAAGGCGAGAGGUCAGGAUUCCGGCUGGUGACCCCGCGAGGGAGGGGGGUGGGUGGGGAGGCUCCGGUGGUUAAGCGAGGAGAAAGAACUGGGAGGCAGGAGAAGGAUGACCGACAUGGCAGACAACCACAAGGAGAAUUGGGCAGCACUGGUUGCUGCAGCAGAACAGUACCGGCGUCAGACGGGCAACGAGGUUGUGCUGCUCACUGCGUUUAGGGCCCCACCCCCUGGCAGGUUCAGCUACACGCAGCAUGGAAGUGGUGCUCUGGCUGACGCCGUUCAACGCUACCUCGAAGAUAUUGCAGUGGUUCACAAGACCACUGCCUUCACCUAUGCUGCCCGCCCUCUUGCAGCCCCUCGCCCAUCUCCCACCCACGGAUCCUACUCCCGGAGCUAUCCCUCGACUUGUGCCCCAGACGACCCUGCCCCCCACAGGACACCUACCCCCCAGGGGCCUUUGCCACAGGCUUCUGGAGGCCAGGAACCUGAACCCGAAGAUGAAGAUGAUGAAGGAGAUAGGAAUACGUUAACUGAAUUGGAGCAGCCGGGUGGAAGGGAGCAUCCCAGCGAUACCACUGGUCUGUUUGUGAUGGAUGAGGAUUCCCCGAGUCAAGACUAUGAACCUUUCUUCGAUUCCGAUCUAGAGAGCACUGAUGAUGGAAGUCUGAGCGAGGAAGCGCCUGGACAGACAGCGCUUCCGCCCCUCAGCCAUCAGUAUGCCAAAUCCCUGCCUGUUUCGGUGCCCAUUUGGGGCUUUAAGGAGCAACGGCAAGAGAUGCGAUCCUCUGAUGAAGAGAACAGCAAGCAUUCGUCCCCUGACCUUGAGAAGAUCGCCGCCAGCAUGCGGGCUCUAGUGCUGCGGGUGUCGGACGGGACGGAGAUGUUUGGGGACCUGCCUCGGCCACGGCUCAACACAAGCGACUUCCAGAAGCUGCAGCGGAAAUACUAAAGGGAUCUGACGCCCCCCCCCCCCGCCCCUCUCUUGCCAUCCCCAGUUGGUACCCUUCUCCCGCCCCGCCUCACAAAUCGGUGGUCAGGGUUGGAAGCUCCCCACAAGCCAUAAGUUCAAACCUCCUCCCUUUCCCUAGCCUGAGAUCCCAUAAGCUUUAAUUUAAAAAAUGGCAACCUCAGUCUCACACUACAGUUGGGCUGGAGGGUCCGUUUACCUCCUUUUCUCUCCACCCUCGAAAUCCUGCCCCCCCGCAUUCCCCCUCUGACUCGGGUACUGAGGAGAUACAGCAGCCCUUCUGAGUGGGGCUCCUGAGAGACAUGUGAGGAGUAAAUAAUUUAAAAAAAAACACUACAGAGGUGUAUUGACAAAUAUACACUGCCACAUCUGCCUCAUUUACCCCAGCCCUGGUUGCUGAGGGUUCUCGGAAUCAGAUUCCCCCCCCCCAUUCCCCCCUCUCCAAAUAAGUGUCUUAAAAGAUCCUUUGCACAUAAGCUGGGUUUGUCUACACUUCGGUUUACGAUAAGUGACCCUUUGUGGAACGGUGGGGGGAGGCAUCGUGUCAUCUUUCUCUCCUGCUCGCCCUACACCUCCCUUUCCCCAUGAAUAAGUCUCUCCCAAUUUCCAACAGUGGUAUUUCAGGGUCUGGUUUUUGUUUCUUUCCUAUUGGGGGAGGGUGGUGCAAACGUGGGGCUGCCCUUAGGCAGAUGGGAUGGAAAGGGGGGCUCUAGGAGUUGCGUUAACGACCCUCUCUUUAUGCUCCUUACCCUGCCAGCCCAGCAUACUUUUGUAUCAGAUUUUCAAGGGCCUUUUCUGGUCCUGACCCUCUAUUUUUGUCCAAAGAUGACUGGUAAAUCGGAAGCGAGAGGAUGUGUUUUUUUUUCUCCUUCCUGCCAACCUAUAAGCCAAUAAUAAUAAAAAAAUAAAUAUCUGUCUUUUACCAA